UUUUUUCUGUUCUCUCUCUCUCUCUCUUCUCUUGUCUGAACAGAAAAAGAAAGAAACUUUACGAAAAUUUAAAGAGAAAUCCUCAAACAAACCAUAAACAGAAGAAAAAAAAUCAGAGGAAAGGAAAGGAGAAGAAGAUAGGAGAAAGAACGGAUUGAUUUGAUUUUUACUAUUCGAAAGGGAAUUUCUUUCUCAUCUUCAUUUUCUUUUCUUUGAUAUCAUAAUCAAUAUGGAUUCUGAACUCUGGGCAUCUCGUCUUGCUGCAGCCAAAAGGCAAUACACUCUGCAACAUCAACAGAACAACAACUCUCAACUAGAUCGGCUGAGCUUUGAUGAUAUUGAUGUAGAAGAGGAGAUUCGUCCUGAUUUUCCAUGUCCUUAUUGUUACGAAGAUUAUGAUAUUGUUUCUCUUUGUUCUCAUCUAGAGGAUGAACAUCCAUUCGAGUCAAAAGUGACGUUAUGCCCCAUUUGCUCUGUUAGGGUUUCUCGAGAUAUGCUGAAUCAUAUUACUUUGCAACAUGGACACCUGUUCAAGUUACAGAGACGUAGAAGAUUACGCAGAGUUGCCAUCCCUAACAGUCAGGCACUGUCUUUGUUGGGUCGAGAUCUCCGUGAAGCUCAUUUACAGGUGCUUUUAGGAGGUGGUGGUUAUCGGUCAAGCAAUCCUAGUACAUCUAAUGUUGCUACAGAUUCAUUUCUGUCAUCACUUAUGUUUAACUUUCCUGCAUCUGAAGCUGAUGAAAUUACAAAGUCGAUGGCCCCCAUUGUUGAGGAUACUUCUGAGAAGAGUACGACUUCGAUAAAGCCUCAUAAACCAAGUUUCGACUCUUCUUUGAGUCGAGAAGAGAGGGAACAAAAGACUAUGAGAGCUGAGUUUGUGCAAGAUCUUCUACUCUCUACACUGUUUGGGGAUUAAUAGAAGCACAACGACCCCACAGAUGUCUGGUAAACGUAGGGAGAGUUCGAGCCCAUAAUAAAUUGUCAUUAGGUGCUGCUUGGUGGGACACCCAGGUAGCCUGCUAUGGAUGUUUCAUUCCAGGAUGCUGUUUCAGGAGUACCUAUGUAUCCAUUCUUCCGGCCUUUUGACGAUUUAUGUUUUACGAAGAAGUGGGAUGGUCUUCUUCUCUGGAUUUAUCAUGUUUAACAGUUCUUCAGAAAAAUCCAACCUAUUCUGUAACGAGACAAUUCCAUGCCUGUUUUCUUUCUGGUAAGAAGGUGGGUUAAUACAUUGAUGUGGCAAAUCCUGUCGGAUUAGUAGUUUGAAGUUCCUAAAUGGAUGGGACAGAGGCAGAGAGCUGAACCUGUCAAUCAGAUGGGCUCAGAGGCGCAUGUUUAAUCCAGUGUAUAUUAGAAAUAAAAGGCAAUAAAAAAUAUUUAGAUGAUCUGCUAAUUAGAGUGUAUAUGGGGUUCUGUCUUCGGGAAAAAAAAGGCAGUUAGGCAACUCCCCAUCUGAUUUGUGUCGUAAUGCUAUUAAAAUGGCCACCCUAUGCUUGAAAUUUGCCCAAGUGUCUAUCAGGCGUUCUCGCCCUUCUUGUGGCCAGCUCCAAUUUGGGGGAGGUAAAAAGAUGUUCCGCUUCUUGUAGCCAGCUCCAAUUUGGGGGAGGUAAAAAGAUGUUCCGCUUUCUGAGA